CGUCCCCUCCUCCUCCUGCGCGGGGCAGGGGAGCGCCCCGCCACCGCCGAGCACAGCGGCAGCCGCGGCGCGGAGCUGCUGCCGGACCCCUUCCUCCUCCUCUUCCUCCUCUUCCUCCUCCCCCGGCCGCGCAGCAUGGCCCCCCCCGGGCUCUGCCUGCUGCUCUUGCUCCUGAGCAGCACGGGGCUCGCACCCCCCGCCUCCGCGCAGCCCCCGCCGCAGCGCGGGAGCGUGUGGUGCCCCAGCCGCUGCCUCUGCUUCCGCAGCACGGUGCGCUGCAUGCAUCUGAUGCUGGAGAGCGUGCCCGCCGUGUCGCCGCAGACCACCAUCCUAGAUCUAAGAUUUAAUAGGAUUAAAGAAAUCCAGCCUGGAGAAUUUAGACGGCUUAAAAAUUUGAACACAUUGCUUCUAAACAACAAUCAAAUUAAAAGAAUACCUAGUGGGGCAUUUGAAGACCUUGAAAAUCUGAAAUAUCUCUAUUUGUACAAGAAUGAAAUCCAGUCAAUUGACAGGCAAGCAUUUAAAGGACUUGCCUCUCUAGAACAACUGUAUCUGCACUUUAAUCAAAUAGAAACAUUGGAUCCUGAGUCCUUUACCCAUCUUCCAAAACUUGAAAGGCUAUUUUUACAUAACAACAGAAUAGCUCAUUUGAUUCCUGGAACAUUUAGUCACUUAGAAUCUAUGAAGAGACUGCGUUUGGAUUCAAACGCUCUUCACUGUGACUGUGAAAUCCUGUGGCUGGCAGAGCUGCUGAAGACAUACGUGGAGUCAGGCAAUGCCCAGGCUGCCGCUACCUGCGAGUACCCACGCAGGAUCCAGGGGCGGUCAGUGGCCACCAUAACACCAGAGGAACUGAACUGUGAGAGGCCAAGAAUUACAUCAGAGCCUCAGGAUGUGGACGUUACCUCAGGGAAUACAGUGUACUUCACUUGUAGAGCUGAAGGCAAUCCGAAACCAGAAAUUAUUUGGCUUCGAAACAAUAAUGAGCUCAUUAUGAAAGAAGAUUCUCGUCUAAACUUGUUAGAUGACGGCACAUUAAUGAUUCAAAAUACUCAAGAAACUGACCAGGGCAUUUACCAGUGCAUGGCAAAAAACGUAGCUGGAGAAGUGAAAACUCAGGAAGUUACUCUCAGAUAUUUUGGGUCACCAGCCAGGCCAAGUUUUGUGAUUCACCCGCAGAACACAGAGGUUUUAGUUGGAGAAAGUGUCACUUUGGAGUGCAGUGCAACUGGGCACCCUCAGCCACAAAUUACAUGGACCAAAGGUGACAGAACACCUUUACCCAGUGACCCUCGCAUCACAAUAACUCCAUCAGGAGGACUUUACAUACAAAAUGUCAAGCAGGAAGACAGUGGCGAGUACACCUGUUUUGCAACUAACAGUGUAGGUAACAUCCAUGCGACUGCAUAUAUCAUAGUCCAAGCUCUGCCUCAAUUUACUGUCACUCCUCAAGACAAAACAGUGAUUGAAGGGCAAACAGUUGACUUCCCUUGUGAAGCACAGGGCUAUCCGCAGCCUGUUAUUGCUUGGACUAAAGGAGGAGGCCAGUUGUCUGUUGACAGAAGACAUUUAGUCCUAUCUUCUGGUACCCUGAGGAUUUCCAGGGUUGCCCUGCAUGACCAGGGACAGUAUGAAUGCCAAGCUGUCAAUAUCAUUGGAUCUCAAAGGAUUGUUGUAUACCUGACUGUACAGCCUAGAGUGACUCCUGUAUUUGCCAGUGUUCCUAGUGACAUGACAGUAGAAGUUGGCACAAACGUGCAGAUCCCAUGCAGCGCUCAAGGAGAGCCAGAGCCAGUAAUUACAUGGAAUAAGGAUGGAGUACAGGUAACUGAGAGUGGAAAAUUUCAUGUUAGUCCGGAGGGAUAUCUUACCAUUCGUGAUGUUGGAACUGCUGAUGAAGGUCGAUAUGAAUGUGUUGCCCGGAAUACCAUAGGAUACUCCUCUGUUAGUAUGGUACUUAGUGUUAACGUCCCUAAUGUCAGCCGAAAUGGAGAUCCUUUUGUACAAACAUCAAUUGUGGAAGCAAUUGCAACUGUUGACAGAGCAAUAAAUUCAACGCGUACACAUCUGUUUGACAGUCGUCCUCGAUCUCCAAAUGAUUUGCUAGCCUUAUUUCGAUAUCCAAGGGAUCCAUACACUGUUGAGCAAGCAAGAGCUGGGGAAAUAUUUGAAAGAACAUUACAGCUUAUUCAAGAUCAUGUACAGGAUGGUCUAAUGGUUGACCUGAAUGGAACAAGUUAUCACUAUAAUGACCUUGUAUCCCCACAGUACUUGAAUCUGAUAGCUAAUCUCUCAGGCUGUACAGCCCAUCGGCGAGUGAACAAUUGCUCAGAUAUGUGCUUUCACCAGAAGUACAGGACACAUGAUGGAACGUGCAACAAUCUGCAGCAUCCCAUGUGGGGUGCUUCUCUGACAGCCUUUGAACGUCUGUUAAAGUCAGUCUAUGAAAAUGGAUUUAAUUUGCCUCGGGGAAUUGAACCCAAGAGACUCUCUAAUGGAUUUGCACUCCCAAUGCCUCGCUUGGUUUCAACUACUCUGAUUGGAACUGAAACGAUAACCCCAGAUGAGCAAUACACUCACAUGCUCAUGCAGUGGGGUCAGUUUCUCGACCAUGACCUUGAUCUCACCGUUGCUGCCUUAAGUGAGGCGAGAUUUUCAGAUGGUCAGCAUUGCAGUUCAGUUUGCACGAAUGAUCCUCCAUGCUUUUCAAUCAUGAUACCACCAAACGAUCCCAGAGUCAGAAACGGUGCACGCUGCAUGUUUUUUGUACGCUCCAGCCCAGUUUGUGGAAGUGGCAUGACAUCUCUCCUGAUGAAUUCUGUGUACCCACGAGAACAGAUUAACCAGCUGACUUCAUAUAUUGAUGCAUCCAAUGUGUAUGGCAGUUCCGAUCAUGAAGCACUGGAAAUCAGAGACUUGGCAAGUCAAAGGGGUCUUCUGAGACAGGGCAUUGUACAAAGAUCUGGCAAGCCCCUUCUUCCAUUCGCUACUGGCCCACCAACAGAAUGUAUGAGGGAUGAAAAUGAGAGCCCCAUUCCCUGCUUUUUAGCUGGUGAUCAGCGUUCUAAUGAACAGCUGGGUCUUACCAGUAUCCACACACUGUGGUUUAGAGAACACAACAGAAUUGCCACAGAGCUACUGAAACUCAAUCCACACUGGGAUGGUGACACAAUAUAUCAUGAAACACGCAAAAUUGUUGGUGCAGAAAUGCAACACAUAACAUUUAGCCACUGGCUACCUAAGAUCUUUGGAGAGGUAGGCAUGAAGAUGCUUGGCGAAUAUAAAGGUUAUGAUCCCAGUGUUAAUUCUGGCAUAACUAAUGAGUUUGCAACUGCCGCUUUUAGGUUUGGUCACACACUUAUUAAUCCUUUUCUGUAUCGACUGGAUGAAAACUUUGAACCUAUUCCACAAGGCCAUCUACCUCUUCAUAAGGCAUUCUUCUCUCCAUUUCGGAUUGUAAAUGAAGGAGGCAUUGAUCCACUUCUAAGGGGAUUGUUUGGUGUUGCUGGUAAGAUGCGUGUCCCAUCACAAUUACUCAAUACAGAGUUAACAGAAAGACUCUUCUCCAUGGCACGUACUGUGGCUUUAGAUCUGGCAGCUAUGAAUAUUCAGAGAGGCAGAGAUCAUGGAAUUCCUCCCUACCAUGAUUUUAGAGUUUACUGUAAUCUUUCUUCAGCUCAGACUUUUGAAGAUCUGAAAAAUGAAAUUAAGAAUCCUGAAAUCAGGGAAAAACUUAGCAGGUUGUAUGGCUCCCCCCUGAACAUAGACCUAUUUCCUGCUUUAAUGGUAGAAGAUUUAGUUCCAGGAAGCCGACUGGGACCAACUUUGAUGUGUCUGCUAAGCACCCAGUUUAGGCGUAUUAGGGAUGGAGACAGGUUAUGGUAUGAGAACCCAGGUGUGUUCACACCUGCUCAGCUCACUCAGAUCAAGCAGACAUCUCUUGCCAGAGUUCUGUGUGACAAUGGUGACAACAUAACCAGGGUACAACAUGAUGUCUUUAAGGUGGCUGAAUUCCCUUAUGGAUAUAGUAGCUGUGAAGAUAUUCCUAAACUGGAUCUCAGGAUGUGGCAAGAUUGCUGUGAAGACUGUAGAACUAGAGGACAGUUUAAUGCAUUUUCAUAUCACUUUCGGGGAAGACGUUCUCUUGAUUACAGCUUUCAGGAGGACAAGCCUUUGAAGAAAAUGAAGAUGUCCAAAACAGCAAGUUCCGUGAAACAGAGUAAAUAUUUUCGUAAUGCCACCUCAGCAUCUGAUGAAAAUGCAAACAUGCCCAUAGUGAAUGACUUCAAAGAAUUUGUUUUGGAAAUGCAGAAAACUAUUUCAAGCCUGAGAAGCCAGAUAAAAAAACUUGAAUCACGCCUCAGUAAAACUGAUUGCACUGACGAAAAGGGUAAAUCAUAUUCCAGCAAUGAAACCUGGAAAAAGGACCCAUGUACUGUGUGUGAAUGCAAAAUUGGUCAGAUUACCUGUUUUGUGGAGUCAUGCCCACCAGUUGACUGUGAAGCCCCUGUGAAGGCUAAAGGAGAUUGCUGUCCAGUCUGCGUCAAAGAAAGUAUUAAUAAAAAGAAGCCAUAAAUCUUCUUUUAUAGAUUUUAGGGUGCAUACUCUUCAAAUCAUAUCAAUGCCUGCUGAUGGCAAAAACAGGUAACUACAGGCUUAAAACAGCAAGAAAUCAAGACUUACAACAUUCUAAUGGUGCUCUAACAGUAUAACAUAAUGUAUCGUCGUAUUUUCUGCCCAUGAAGGUAAUCACAAUGCAAAAUUAAUGAAAGGGAAACUAGCAAACAGGUCAGACUUAAUUGUGUGUUAAACUUCUCAGGUUAGUCAAAUUCAAACUGGUGCUACUUUAAAAAGAACACUGUCAGGCAGUUUAGGUAUCCAAAAUGACUGGGCUUCAGACUUACUCCAGAAUGAGCACUUUUCUUUCCCAUCUGUGGUUAGCAGUGUUGACAGUUUACUCUCCAUUUUCAGUCCCUGUCUGACUUGAAAUUUAGCUCUUUGUUAUUACUUCGUAAAUGAUGGGAAAACAAAAGGUCACUCACUGUACCCAUCAGUGCUCUAGAGGAUCCAUUUCUGCAUCACAUGUAUGCAUGCUAUUGAGUCACUUCUGUGCAUGGACUACCAAUGAAGUAAAGAAAACCAGAGUGCACCUUUCAACAUCCUCUUGUUAAUUCAAGGAGCAAAAUUAAUUGGUAUUUGCAAACUAAAAAGGCUAAAAUUAGUCGAGAAAUAUGAGGGAAAUGUGGAUAAAUGUAAUUGGAAGAUAGAAAAAGCAACUGAAUGUAUAUUACAGGUGUAAUUGACAGUGUUCCUCAUUUUAGCAAAGCAUACAUGACACAGUAGCAUUUGAUCUUAACAUGAACAUAAUCACUUUUUGUCGAAACAUAUGUAAUUGCUUGGCAACUUUUUUUUUUGUUUCAUUUAUUUUAAAUCAUUGUAACAUGACCAUCCAGUCCAGUUUUUAAGCAUGCUUCUCUUGAUCUUGGAUCAGUUCACCAAAACACAUGGCCCCAUUUUAAGAAUGUGAAACCAUGUCACAUGCCAUUUUGUAUACGAGGAUACCUACUGACUCACUGCACAUAUUGUCAAUAGACAUAUGUUCCUGAUUAUAUUGUGGCACUGUUUGUUGAAAAAAAGAACCAUCAAAAUCAAGCAUCAUGAUUAAUUGUGGAUUGACUACUUUUUCUGACACGGUAUUUGAUUUUUUUAGUUUUUUUUUUCUUUUUCCAAUUUCAUCUAAUGCAUAUAUAUUUUUACCUCAGUAUUUUUAUUAUUCAUGUUAAAAUGGUCUGCCAAUGGACUUUAUUUCCCAUUUAAUAAAUGUUUAACAUUAUAGAGUAUAUGUCUACACUAGCAUUUCAAAGUCGUAUACUUUUUAGAAUACAAACUGCAUAUUUUUGACCAGGAGUUAUAUAUUAUAUUCAGUGAAGGACAACUAUCAUACCUCAUUUUACAGGUUUUUUUGUUUGUUUGUUUGUUUAUUCACAAUUGAUUAUCUCCCUAACUGAUUAAUAUUUUAGAAUGGAAUUAUUCUUUUGCUAUGCAUUUCACUGACUUAUGAAUUUGUUGCUCAAAUUCAGAGAGCAGACUUUUGGGAAUCAAAAAAACUGCACAAAAUUAAACAUUCUCAUCGUAACGUUUCAGAUUAUGCAAACAAACUGAAUUGUUAAUUACUGCAUGGUAAAUCAAAUACCUGUGUAAUAAGUAACCUAACACAGCAAUAUGAGUUCCACUAUAAUAUUUUGGCACAUAAUUUCUCUGAUUACUAGCAUUAAUAAUUUCUAGUAUGAUAAUCAGAUACCAUAACGCACUCUCAAACUUUGGUGUAGCUUUGAAGCUUGCUACAGAAACUCAUUUGAAACUAUAAGUAAGAGCAAUAUGUACAUGAGUGGUGUGUUAAAGAUGCGUGGUAGAGGGUACACAUGGAACUGCAAUUUAUAUUUUUGAGAAUAUUUUAAUUGAUUUUAUAUACGGUAUUUUGAUUUACGUAAUUUUCUAUUUUAAUACUUAUAGAAAUUGUGUGUGGCAAGCAUGUUUGAGUAUCAUAUGGUUUCUAGAGGCUGUCAUUCUUGUAUUUCUUUGAUACUCUGGUAUUUUGUUGGAAGUCCAAACCACGUGUCUCAUCUUCUAAGUUCAACUUGGAUGGAACUCCCAUUGACCUAUAGCAGGAAUUCCUCAAAGAGGAAGGAUUGCAGAGCUGACCCAAAUAUAAUUUAACUGUCUAAACAGUUGUACAAAUCGGUAAUACAUUCAGCUGGUUACUAGUUACUUUCUUUUAUUCCAGUUUUAUAUUAAAUAAACUUUCUCUAAGUUUCUGCUUAUAGGAAAAGAGAGUUUCCAUUUAUACAAUAUAAAAUAGUACCAUAUAUCUGAUUGUUUGUUUUCUCCAGCUUCCAGAAUAAAGAGGGAGGUUUUCUUCAUUGUUCACUGUUUAUUCAUAUGCUAUAUAAAAUGGAUUUAGGAGUCUGGAUAUGCUUAAGUGUAAUAUUGAGUUAUUUUCCAAUAUCCAUUUAAUGAUAAACUAUUCAGGAAAAACAGGUCUUUAUCCACAGUUUAAAGUGUAAUCAGUCAUGAAUUGUAGUAAUUAAGUUUUAUUGCAGUUUCUGCAGAAUCAGCAUUGAUUUUAACGUUUCUGAAACAAUGGCCAACGCCUAGAUGACCAUUUCCUCAGUAUCCACUGUGAGAAUAUUGCUGUAAUAUGUUGCAAAUUUUACGUAUUUAUUUUCUUUUUUAAUGUUACCUAAACAAAGUCUUUGUUGUUUUUAUUUUAAUCAGUAAAUUUACCAAAGAACUGUUUGCACUGUAUAAUGAAUGCUUUUCAGUUAAAAUAAAAUGGGCCACAUUUCCAAGUCACCUCCCUGGUGGUAAUUCAGUGAAAGUAAUGACUGAAUGGGAUUAGGAUGCUGAGAGGGUAAGGAAAGUCACAAACCACAUAUGCUUGGUGCAGCUCUGAAAGGAGCCUCCUAUUCUCAUCUUGUGCAAGAGAUUCUCCUAUUCUCAUCUUGUUACUCCAUCACAGGAUGCAAGUUACUGCUGAAAUCAGGAACAGUUACUCUCAUACUUUGGUGAGGUAUUAGGAUCUCUGGGGUGCUGGGUUGGUUCCUUUGUCAGAGAUUCAUCUGUGUCUUCAGGACAUCAUAUAGUAAAAAGAUUUUAUGACACAGUAUCAUUGCAGUUAAUAUAGUAGCCUCACAGUGAAAUGGGAGAACUUAAAGAUGGAGUCCCAGAUGUACAGUUAAGAGUUCUUCUGGACUGCCAUGGAGCUGCAUCAGGGAAGGGUCAGGUUGGGUAUUAGGAAAAUGUUCUUCACCAGAGUGGUGGGCAUGGAACAGGCUCCCCAGGUCGUGGCCCCAGGCUGCUGGAGUUCAAAGAGUGUUUAGACAACACUCUCAGUCAUAGAGUUUGAAUUUUGGGUGGUCCUGUGUGGAGCCAGGAGCUGGACUCAGUCCUUGUGGGCCCAUUCCAACUCAGGAUGUUCUAUGAUUCUAUGACUACGCGUCAGUAUAGUUUGAGUAUUACAUAAGGCAAAUCUAGAAAAACAGAACUGCAGUCAAUUCAUCUGCGCAUUUUCCAGAAUGCUGCUCUUCCAGAAAGUUGGCAAGUAAUAUUCAGUUGCUAUCCUAGAAAUAAAAUUAGGGCAAUCAGAUUAUUUUUUUCUCCAUUUUUCUAAUACCUUACAUGGGUAAUGCAUACUUCUUUUAACAGAAAUAGUCAGUUUCUAAGCAUAACAGUUCUCAAAUAUAGAAAUUCCAACAACUCUUUUGUGGCUAUGUCAUCUGGGAUUUUAAAAUACAGUUUUGUCUAGAUAAGGCAAAUUCCAGGGUUCAACAGUUAAUUGCCAAAAUAUUUGUUAAUAAUUGUAAAAAAAAAUAAAAAUAAAAAAUAAAAAAACAAAGAAACAGAAACUAAGUUAGUUAUAAUAAAAUUCUUGGUCUACUGCUGAUAUAUUUUGAGAAAGAUUCAGAUAUACUUGCCAUACUCUACGUAAAUCCAUGUUAUUCCUUUUAGUUGAUUACAGCUAAGAAUCAUUUGGCCAUAGUAUGAUUAAAGUUGUCUUUGCAGAGAAUGACCUCCCAUACUCUGUAACUUAGUUUUGUAAAAUAAUAUUUUGCUGCCAUAGUGCAUGACAUUAUAUGAUCUAAAAUCCUUUUCCUUGUAUUUUCUUUUUAAUCCCGUACAAGUUUCAUAUUUUUUUCCUGUAGCAUUUGCCAAAUCACUAAUCUUCACUGAGAGAGUUUAUACGUGUUGGGACUGUUUGACAGCUUUGUGUUGGAAAUUAAAAUCAGGUAUCGAAAACUGAUAUGCUUGAGUAGUUGUAUCUAAGCAUAUUCAUUAUUCUGUUGUACUCUUCUGGAAACUGAUUGAAUAUGAUACACAUACAGGAUAAUACAAUUAUAAAAUCACCAUCAAGAGGAAAGACAUUACUGCCUUUUGAUGGUUUAUCACACCUACCAUAUGGGGUUCAGCUGUAUGCAUGUUUCUGAAUUCGCUACUGUGAUUUUUAUUAUGUACAAGAAAAAAAUGAGAUUUGAUAUGUGACAAAAAGCUUGUUAGAUGGAAUAUGUAUGUCAACAACAGAUAGCAGUAUGACCAUGUACACAUAUCUCUGAACACAGUUUGUAUUAGACUCCCAGUGGAAACAAACUUAAUGCUUAGUAUGAGGAAUGGAAACAAAAAGUUAAUAAAGUUUUAUAAAUUACUA